AUGCUGUCACGUGACUGCCGCAGCGGCUCGUCGCCAAUUGGUGUGGCCGCUGUGCCGCAGCUACAGCAGCCCCCAGGAAGCGGAAGGUGUUGUGCGCGCUGCGCUUCUUUGCCACCGGGAGCAAGCGUCCGUAGGAGCGAGGAGACGAUCCGACGGGUGUCGCAGUCGACCGGGAGCGAGUGCGUGCGACGCGUGGCCGAGGCUGUCGUAAACGCAGGGGUCCGCAACAAGUGUGACCAUUUUCCGAAGACGUACGAAGAAAAGGCAGCCGUGAAGGAGGGUUUCCUUCGGCCCGGCGCUAUUCCCGGCGUGAUCGGAUGCACGGACGAUGGCCUCAUUGCCAUUAUCGCACCCAAGGGUGAGCGCAAUACUGCGUUCAUGUCUCGGAAGGGCUACUACGCCGAAAACUGCAUGUUCAUCUGCGACGCGGACAUGAGUAUCCUGACCGUGUAUCCCAUGCGACCGGGGUCAGAUCACGACUCAUUCGUCUGGUGGACGACAUGGCUGCGCCGGCGGUUCCAGGCGGGGCGCAUCGCGAAUUCCGGUGCAUACCUCAUCGGUGACAGCGGCUACCCCUUGGAUCCGUGGCUCCUGACCCCGGUUCCCGGCCAUCCUCCUAUGCAAACAGCCGAGGGGAAGUACAACACAGCACAUGCCACCUUGCGUUCCGUAGUGGAGAGGUGUAUUGGGCUCUUGAUGAGCCGUUUCCGCUGUCUGCAGCGGUACCUCACCGUCCUCUACGAGCCAGAACGUGCUGCCAACAUUGUCGCUGCAUGUGCUGUGUAG